AUGGAUAAAGAGUCAUUCCAGGUGUGGGUGAGGGGGAUCUCCGGCGAGGAUGUUCCCAUCACGAAGUUGCCGCCGGGGGUUUUCGCCCUCCACGCCAGCGUCCCUGGCUUUAGCAGCAUCAUCGGCUCCUUCCCACCCUGCAACGAGUGGGGGCUGAUAGACGAUACCCCCACUCAGUCCCUGCGUUCCCCUCCGCCCGCACCCCGCGGGAAGCAGGUGCAGGAGGAGAGCGGGAGCGAGUCAGAGGCUAGCCAGCCCCACGACUCGUCCUCCUCCGACGAGGCGGGUCGGGUUGCCGCCGCCCGGGAGGUCAUCCCUGUGGACGACGAGGAGGAGGAUAGCGACGACGCGCCCCUGAUUGUGCGCAGACCAAGGGCGCACGCAGCGGCCGCGGCCACCUCCACGGCGGUGCCCACUCUGGCAGCGACCGCCAGAGACCCGGCGGCGACCACCCCAGUAGCAGCCGCCGGAGCCGCGAUGGCUGACACACCCGCAAUGGCCGCCGACGCCGUGGCGGCUCCUUUGAAGGUUCCCGCAGAGCCCCGGGCCACGGCAACCCCACGGGCACCGAUGGCCCCGCCCGCUUGGGGGGUCUUCCGGGGCUUCGCGCUCCGGCGCAACCCCCUGAAGGCCGAUUCGUCGGCAAGCGCCGGCCCAAGCGUGCCCACACCAGAAGCGGGUGCUACGGUGGUUGACCUCGACUCCGACGUCGUGGUUAUGGGGACGGCGGAGGAGCCGGAGGCAGCCCCCAUGCCAAGCCCUGCUGCACCAGCCGCAGCGGCAGCAGCAACUGCCGCCGCCACCGGGACGGCGUCCGGCAACGCGCCCGCGGCCGCAGACGCCGCCGGUGCGGAUUCUUCUACCGCCCAGCAAGGGGCGGCGGAAACCAAGAAGGAGCACGCUGAGGUGCUCGCUGCAGCCCAGGCUCGGAUCGACGAGAAGAGCGAUCUGAUCGCCAACUAUCUCGGCGAGAUCCAAGACCUGCGCGUCAAGCUGGAGGUGCAGAUCAAGGCCACCGAAAGUGCGGUGGGCGCGUCAGCCCGGCACGAGAUCCAGCUCAACACCGCCAAGGACAAGGCGGCUCGGCUCGAGACCGAGCUAGCCACUAUCCGGGAGGAGCUCGCCCAGGCCAGCAAGGACAACGCGACCCAGGCCGCGGAGCUCGCGUCGCUGGCGAGCCGCCUCCGCAAGGCCAAGAAGAAUUGA